GCUCAUGGGGGCUUGGACCCGGAUUUUUCUGUAAAGCUGCUUUGUGAAAACACCUGUUGUAAAAAGCGCUAUAUAAAUAAACUUUGCUUGCUUGCUUUAGAAACACUUCCCUUCUGCUUGUACAAGUCAGUCACCGUGCACCAGCAAGGUGAGUGUACAAGUGGACAAGGAAUGUAUGCUGCAUUUGCAAUUCCUAUAGACCACAAGCUACAUUUGAACACAGUUGUGAGCGCUUAAUGUGACGUAGUUAAAGACUGUCCUGCUUUAUUUUGUCCAAAAUUAUUUACUUUAUUUUUGUGGUCGGAGCAGGUCGUCAGCAACAGGCGGAACCUUUGUUGCUUGGCGCUUCGUUUCCACUCGGAGCGUGCCGGUUUGUAAAGAGUCUGAAAUGAGUUUCUGUUCGUUUCAUGAAUCUGAUAUGAUUUAACGCUUUUUGCAGGUCUAAUUCAGACUGACACACUACGGUGAUGCCGAGCUCCUGUCCUGAGUGCGGCUCCAGUAACGUGGUGGAGGAUGAUUUAUAUUCUCAGAAGCAGUGGGUCUGUGAGGACUGUGGCUCUCUCGUUUCAGAGGGAGUUUUCACCACCACACUCAGCGACGAGCAGCAGAGCAGAACGGUCCCAUAUUACGUCAGCACAGAAGUGACCAAGAAACCAUGUGCAAAUCUCAUUAAAGGGCUGGGCCGGGUUCGGGCCCUGUGCCGGAUCCUCAGGUUAUCCAGCGACAUGGAGUCAGGAGCAGUGAGCCUUUUCGAGCGUGCUUACAACCACCCGACCUUUAUACAUGUCCGCCUAAUGAAGAAGGAGGUUCUGGGUGGGUGCUGUGUUCUGGCCACCUGCAGGCAGAAUAACUGGCCCAUCGCUAUGGGAACCAUCAGCAGUCUGCUGGAGGCGGACUCGGCUUUAAUAGGAAUGGUUUAUCAGGAUCUGAUCAAGGCUCUGAGCAUCGAACCCACAACCACCAGCAUAAGCGAUAUGCUGGAGAGCUACUGCUACGGGUAUAAGCUCUCUCCUGGUGAAGUGUCUGAGGUCUUUGCGGAGCCCCCCCGGCGGUUGGUGGAGCGUAGCGCCGCCCUGGUAGAGCUGGCAGCUGAUACGUGGCUGGUGACCGGCCGGCACCCCCUGCCCAUUCUUAUGGCUUGUGUUUAUGUAGCCUGGCAGUCUCUAAAGCCCAUGGCCCGUAUGAAAUGCACGCUGAAUAAGUUCUGUCAGAUCAGCAGGCUGAGUAAGGAGGCGUGUGCGCAGAGGAAGGAUACGGUGCAGAAGCGGAUCGGCGAGCUCAGGGAUGUGCUGUGUAAGCUGGGUAGGGAGCUGCCCUGGCUAAGAGGGGACGCUGUGGAGCCUGGCACUGUCACCAGGCUGGUUGAUGACAUUCUGAAGCAUCGGCAGGCUCUGAUGCUGAAGGCUAUGAGGCGCUAUGAACAGGAAGCAGAACCGGAUCUCUCUGACUGUACAGCCGCUAAUGAAGCUGACCAGCUGCCCGUCACUAACCCUGCAGCACCGUCCCAGCCUUUAUUGACCAGCAGACUGGACCAAAAGAACGAGCGGUCAGGAACAGACAAUGAUAUUUCAAAGACAUCUGGUCAGUCUGAACUAAAAUGUGGAAACAAAACUGUAGGGAAAAGUGUACCCCCUGCUGUUGAAGAGCACUGGGGGAAAAGGCACCUGUUCCUGCCCCCGUCGGUCAGGACUGAGAAGCGGCCGCGAGUGGAUGCUCCUGAACUGACCGUGACGGGCUAUGAAGAGAUAUCGGACAGUGAAAUAGAAGCAUACAUUCGUUCGCCGGAGGAGGUCAGGAGAUAUUUAGCAGUGAAGAAAAAGCUGAAGGAGGAUGAGGAUUGAUUUCUUCUCCACGCAGGGCUGUUUAUUGAUCUGUGAAGCUAAUAAUAAUAGUAAUAAGAUACGUUGUUACUUUUUUCAUUCAUUUUUUUGUUGCUGUUAUUUGUGCUACUGUUCCCUCAAAGUGAGGCUAAUACUGAGAGUUUUACUGAAUAUUAGAAAAAUGCACUCGGCACUGUCCACUCUCAAAAACAAUCACUAUUACAUUAUUAUAAUGUUAUAAUUACUAGAAUUUGUGCAGUGCAGGUAGAGUCUUGAUCCUGCUUCUUUCUGUUAUUAUCAGGUAAUAACAGUAGUAAGUCAGUAGCAUCAGAACCAAAAUUAUUAUACAGCAAAUAUAUGGAAAACAUGCCAUAGAUGCCUGCACUUGCCAGCGUCUCCUGGCCUUUCAGAGGGUUAAAACAAAGCACUGAAAAGGCACUGAAAGGAGAAUCUGCAUAAAGUUUCUGCAUAAUUGAGUGUGUGAGAUGUGAAACAGAGUGAAUCGGCGUGGUUUGGUGUGAAAUGGUUCAGAGUUCUUUACAGUGGUGGUGAUAGGAACCAGGGGUCGCCAUGACUACAACACAAAUAUAGACAUUUUGUUUACCAUCUGAAACCACCAGUGAACCUACACGUGUCUUCUGAGUUUUGUAUAGAAUGUUGAUGAUGGGGAAAUAGUGGAAAAUCUGAAAUAAUAAGUUGUUUUUGCCUCCAAACACACUGCAUGUAUCCCUCCACCAUGAAUUGAUUUAAAAAAUGUGCUUUAAAAGAAAAAAUCUUCUCGUGUUUGUAUUUAGAAGCUGCUGCUAUUGUGUUUCUUUAACCUGUAUCUAUUUUUUUUUAUAUUUAAUUAGAUUAGAAUCACAGAUUAAAUGAUGUACAGCCUCCUUAUUAGUUAAUAAAUACAUUGCCCAUUCUUCAUAUCACUCGCAGUUUUUUGGGGGACUAUUUUGCCUCAUAACGGCCUGCAUAUUAUGUAUCCCUCCAACAUGAAUGGGUUUUAAUUUCUUAAAACUAUCAUAAAACAACAACUCAGACAUCAGACAGUGUAUUCAUAAUCAUUUAAAGUGAUAACUUUCUGUGAAGGAGCUUUUAGAGGAGAACAUCUGGUUCCCAUCAACACCACUAUGAACAGUUCUGACUCGGUAAGUUUCUCUAGAGACUCUGUUCACAUCUUAAGUAUUUAUUUAUGCAGGAAUUUUGAAAAGUUUGAAAAGUCCACUUAUAAGGCCUUAUUAAACGAAUAACAUUGACAGCUUUCAUUUUAUCUGUCUAUAGUUAUGUAUAGUCUGUAGGGUGUAUGGCAUCAUUGCAACAUUUUCUUUAAUAUAGUUCCACUUAUUACAUCCUGAACUGCUGCAUUUGCAAAUUAAAAGUCCUUUACUGAGUUCUACUUCUUAAAAACAAGUUAUUUUAAAGAUGCAUCCCGGCUAAUGCAGUCCUAGCCUCAUUAUUUUUUAUGUUAUGAAAAUGAUUCUCUAUUUUUGCCCCACUUGUUUUGAGUGUAGGCUGGUUUUGUCCUUCUGACCUGAGAAUAAACGUA